CGGGCGGAGACACUGCCAAAAACCCACACGCACCCGGCACCACUACCUCCCCUUGCAUUGCAUUGCACACUCCCAUUUCCACGAAUCCCCUUUCUUCUCCUUUCCGCCUCCUCGACCGAAAAUCAUUCCCCGUUCUCGCAAAAAGCGCACCCGUCCCACUCGCAAGUCACAUCUCUCUUUUCCCCAUCUAGUUCCAUCUCCGCAAGUAAAAAGAAAGCUCCGAGGUGCAGCCAGCCCGUAGCACAAUGGCGGCGAGCGGUGCCAGCGCCGUCGCUCUCCUUGUCUUCCUCCCGCUCCUCUCCGUCCUGGUCGGCGGCGAAGACCCAUACCGGUUCUUCACCUGGAACGUGACCUACGGCGACAUCUUCCCGCUCGGCGUCAAGCAGCAGGGGAUACUGAUCAAUGGCCAGUUCCCGGGGCCGCAGAUAGACGCCGUCACCAACGACAACCUCGUCGUCAAUGUUUACAACAACCUCAACGAGCCAUUCCUCCUCUCCUGGAACGGGGUGCAGCAGCGGCGGAACUCGUUCGAGGACGGUGUGGCCGGCACGACGUGCCCGAUCCCGCCGGGCCGCAACUUCACCUACAUCCUGCAGGUCAAGGACCAGAUCGGCACCUACUUCUACUUCCCCUCCCUCGCCUUCCACAAGGCCGCCGGGGGCUUCGGCGGCAUCCGCGUCCUCAGCCGCCCCAUGAUCCCCGUCCCCUUCCCGCCGCCCGCCGCCGACUUCACCGCCCUCAUCGGCGACUGGUACAAGACCAACCACACCGAUUUGAGGUACAUUCUUGACAGCGGCAAGACUCUUGGUUUCCCUGACGGCUUGCUCAUCAACGGUCGCGGUUGGAACGGGUACACCUUCACCGUCCAGCCUGGUAAGACGUACCGUUUCAGGAUCACCAACGUCGGCCUGGCGACCUCCCUGAACAUCAGGUUCCAGGGGCACACGAUGAAGCUGGUGGAGGUGGAGGGGUCUCACACCCUGCAGAGCAUCUACUCUUCCCUGGACGUGCACCUGGGGCAGUCCUACUCGGUGCUCGUCACGGCGGACCAGCCUGGUUUCGACUACCCCAUCGUCGUCUCCACGCGCUUCACCAGCAAGAUCAUAUCCACAACCGCCGUCUUGCACUACACCAACUCCGCCGGCAAGGCUCCCGGACCUCUGCCAGGAGGCCCCACCACCCAGAUCGACUGGUCUCUCAAUCAGGCACGCUCUGUCAGGUGGAACCUGACGGCGAGCGGGCCAAGGCCAAACCCACAGGGCUCCUACCACUACGGCCAGGUGCCGACUACCAAGACCAUCAGGCUGGCCAACUCGGCUGCCAUUAUCAACGGGAAGCAGAGGUACGCCGUAAACGGCGUGUCAUUCGUGAACGCGGACACGCCGCUAAAGAUUGCCGACUACUACAAGAUCCCCGGCGUGUUCUCGGUGGGCACGAUCUCCGACAGCCCGACAUCUGGUGGAGCAUACCUUAAGACGUCGGUCAUGGGGGCUGACUACAGAGGUUACGUCGAGAUUGUGUUCGAGAACUCCGAGAAUGAAGUGCAGUCUUGGCACAUCGACGGCUAUGCCUUCUGGGUUGUCGGAAUGAAUGGAGGACAAUGGUCAUCAGCAAGCAGGCAGAUCUACAACCUGAGGGAUGCUGUUUCAAGGUAUACUCUUCAGGUUUACCCCAAUGCAUGGACUGCAAUCUACAUGCCACUGGACAACGUAGGCAUGUGGAACGUGAGAUCAGAGAACUGGGCAAGGCAGUACCUGGGACAGCAGUUCUACCUUCGUGUCUGGACGCCGUCGACGUCGUGGCGCGAUGAGUUCCCCAUCCCCAAGAACGCCCUCCUGUGCGGCCGAGCUGCCGGCCGCCGGACAAGACCGCUCUAACUUAACCGGCAUAGCGAAGUCCCAAGUCUGUCAUAAGAGGAUGACACCUUGGUGGCUUGGUCUGAGCAAGGCACACAAAAUUUACCCUGAAAGAAAGGCUCGCAAAGAAGAGUAGUGACCUAAAGGCGCACAGAUUGCGGUUUACAUCUCAACUUUUAGUGUCAGCUUGAUUCCUUCUGCAAUUGUUUUGGUGGUGGGUAUAAUUAGUCAUGUAGCAGCAUCUUGGCUGGCGUUGUUUCGAUCCUUAUUGAAAUAAAUUGUAUGCUUUGUCAUGCCUUUGGUUUCUUGAGAACUUAUCUCGCUAUCAGAUUGGUUAGCGAUCGCUGCUCAACU